ACCGAUUGUUGUGAGCCGGACGAAGGAGAGGAAGCCGCCUAAGAAGUUGCCGUCGUCAUGGCCGUGAAGGCUUCUGGAUUCAUCGGGAAAUCAGCAAUCUCAGUUCAUCUAGAUUUCUCUUCGUUUCCUGUGAAAUUCUCAUGCUUUAAACAGUUUUCUGUAUCUACUCCAAAGCCACUGGUCGUUUUAUCCGUGGCCUUAUCGCCGCCGGCAAGAACAGUUGAGUCUCCGCCGGUUGGUUACCGGAAAAAUGUUGGGAUUUGUCUCGUUGGCCCAUGUAGAAAGAUUUUUACGGCAUCAAAGAUUCACAUUCCGGAUACAUGGCAGAUGCCUCAGUUCUCACUUCUCACCAAACAACAGCUCCUUUGUAGUGCAUUGAGUGACAAAGUUCCUAUCUCUAUUGCUAAAGAGGGUGGAGCUGAUGAGGGAGAAGAUUUGAGAAACGCUGCCUUUAGAGAACUGAGAGAAGAAACUGGGGUUACUUCGGCGGAAUUCAUUGCGGAGAUACCAAACUGGCUGACCUAUGAUUUUCCCCGAGAAGUGAAGGAGAAACUAAACCGGAAAUGGCGAACAAGUUACAAAGGCCAAGCUCAGAAGUGGUUUCUCUUCAAGUUCACGGGCAAGGAGGAAGAGAUAAAUCUCCUUGGAGACGGUACUGCAAAACCAGAGUUUAAGGUGUGGUCGUGGAUGCUACCGGAACAAGUGAUUGAACAUGCUGUGUAUUUCAAACGACCUGUCUAUGAGCAUGUCAUAAAGCAAUUCAACCCUUAUUUUGUGGAUGAAGAAAACGAUUCCAUGAACUCGUCUAAGGAUUGAAUGUGCACAGAGAUUCAGCAAGUGAAUAGUGAUUAGGAGAAAUCAAUCAAUUCAUUAUACAGGUUUCUCUUGAACCUCAUCAAAGAUAAAAAUGCAUGAAUCUCUUCAUGUUCAGACAUUGAUCUUGUAGUUUGAUGCUAUAUCAAUAUUUUUAUGUGUAGACAUUCUUAUCUUUGGUUAUAAAUCCUCACGAAUAUU